GUCAGCUUUAGGUUCAGUUCAUAAAAACUCUCCUGAAAAUUUAAUCUAUACUCCAAACUCCAACAUCUGUUUUUAGUGAUCUCGGGUUGAAUGAUGUGAACCAUACAAGACAGACUGAGUGGGACUGUGAGUGUGACAGUGAGGCUAGAGCUCCAGCCAACACUGCAACUUGAUAAAAAAUACAAUGGGAAAAUCACAGUCUAAAUCCAAUCACUUUUUUAAUGAUGAAGAAAUUAAGAAGAUCACUGAAGUCUAUAACAACGAUGGGUUGGAUGCAGUAUUUCCAUUGAUUAAAGGCAAAUGUGACAAUUUGGACAAUGAAAAAGUCACAAUUGCAGUGACAGGAGAAUCAGGUGUGGGUAAAUCUGCCUUCAUUAACCUCAUGAGAGGCCUGGGACCCAAUGAUGAAGGAGCAGCUGAAGAAGGUAUAAUUGAGCAAACCUCAGAACCAACACCUUAUCAACACCCAAUGCUUCCUUCUGUCUGCCUGUGGGAUCUGCCAGGAAUUGGAACAACAAGAUUUUCUGCUCGCCAGUACCUGGAUAAAGUUAACUUUAACACGUAUGACUUGUUUGUCUUAAUAGCUGGAGAGAGAUUCAAGGAAAAUGAUGCAAAGUUGGCUAAAGAGAUUAAGAAAAUGGGGAAAGAGUUCUAUUUUGUUCGUAGCAGGAUGGAUGUAGUUGAGGAAAACCUUUCCAAAAGAGGGCAACGUGACAGACUUGAAAAAGAAUUUGAUAAAAUAAGAAGUUACUAUAAAAACAGCCUAGAGCAAAGUGGAUUACAUACUUCACAGGUUUUCCUUGUUUCCAGUAGAUAUCCGGAUCGAUAUGACUUCAUGCAAUUUUGUGAUUGUUUGGAGUCUGAGCUGCCAGAGAAGAAGAAGAAUGUGUUUGUGCUUUCACUGCCCAGUCUUACUGAAGCUGUAAUUGAAAAGAAGAAAACAAUUCUACAAGCAAAAAUUGCUCUGGCAGCUGUAGUUUCUGCUGGAAUUGGAGCAGUUCCCGUUCCUGGCUUAUCUUUUGCUUGUGAUAUCGCCAUCCUAGUAGCCACACUUAUGCAUAUGCGAAGCUACUUGGGACUCGAUGACGAGUCGCUCUGCAGACUUGCCUGUAGAGUUAACAAACCUGUUCAAGAGCUGAAAGCAGAGAUUACAAGUCCAUUUGUGCUUAAUAUCACCCCUUCAUCUGUCAUAAAAUUGCUCACAUCGACUGUUUCUGGUGCAGCAAUGGUUGCCGAUGAUGUCAUUCUGCUAAUACCUGUGAUUGGGUCUGUUAUUGGAGCAACCGUCUCCUUUACCGCUACUUCAUUUUUGUUGAAUAGCGCACUGGAUGAUUUUACCAAGUCUGCAGUGAAGGUGUUAAGAAAAGUGACUGAAGACGAUUCAGAGCAAGAAGCAACUGAAAAUAUUAGCCUGGAACAUGCAAUUGCUAAGAUUCAAGCAAAACUCUCCUCACCGUUUACUGACAAUGGAUUAGAAGACAUAAUUAAUGAGAUACAAUAUGUGCUUGACCAAAGAGAAUUUCACAUCGCUGUAACAGGAGAAGCAGGAACAGGCAAAUCAGCCUUCGUCAAUGCUGUUUGUGGUCUGAAACCUGGACACCCUAAAGCAGCUAAAGAGGGCUGUACUGAACAAACCAUGGAACCGAAAAAAUAUAAACAUCCAAGUCUUCCUUCUGUCUUCCUAUGGGAUCUUCCUGGUGCUGGAACACCAACAUUUGAAAUUGCAAAAUAUUUGAAGGCAGUCAAUUUUAAAAAAUAUCACUUUAUCAUUUUAAUUGUUGGAAACAGGCUUACAGAGAAUGACAAGCUUUUUGUCGAAAAGAUAAGAGAAAUGAGGCAAGAUUUCUAUGUUGUACGGAGCAAAAUGGAUGAGCAUGAGCAGAAUGGUGAUCGGUACAGCAGGAAGAAAGGACAUCAGAAAAUAAAAGAUUAUUAUAUUAGUAAUUUUAAAAAAAAUGGAAUGGACUCUCCACAUGUCUUCCUUGUAUCAAGCCACUGCACAGCCGAUUUUGAUUUCACAGAAUUGUGUCAAGGCUUGAAGCUUAAAAUAGAAGAGAAGAAGAAAGAUUUGAGCUCAUGUGAAAUUACUGAAAUUGUCAAAUACUUUGUUGAAAAGAAAAAGACAAAGCUGAAGGGAACAAUCUCACAGUUAAUUUCAUAUGCAACAGAUGAAGGUACGACUUUUAUACCUGGAACAGCUUGUGCCUAUAAUUGCGAUGCUAUUGUGGAAAUUCUUUUGUUCUAUCGUUGGUACAUGGGUCUUGAUGAUGAGUCCAUUAACCAACUUGCAGGUAAAGUAGGGAAGAGUGUGGAAGAUCUUAAGGCAUAUGUGAGUGAUCCUUUUGUGUUUUAUAUUAAUCCAAAUUCUGUUCACAAUAUGUUUUCUUCUUCAACCUCUUUAAUUUUUUAUAACUUGCAGAGCCUCUUGAGACCCCUCUUAGGUGUUCCAAAGUCUUCUGAGGUAAUUUCCAAGUUGCUGGAAUCAAAGAUUGAUAUAUUUGCAGAGUCUGCAAUGAGUUUGGCAAAGAAAGCAAUGUAGAAAAGUGGAUUUUUUCCAAAAACAUUACCGCCACAUAUGAAUAUUUGCAAACUAUCAUAAAGUAUACUGUGGACUUCCAGCGUUUUUCCCCUCGUGACAAAAAUGUCUAUGUUUUCCAUUACUGUAAUUGAGCUUAAACCUUUGAAAAUUCAGGAGAUCUUACUUGAGAAUCUGAGUCUAGUCAUAGUGCUUUACUUUUUAAUUAAUAUUACUUUAGACUACAAAGUACUGUAUGUUAUAUUAAAAAAAGAAACACAGAACAUCUGCUAGUCAUGUCUUGCUCUGUCAUUAAGUGAGCCACAUAUAUUCUGUAACAUUCAAUACAGCAGACACAUAAAAUAUUUAUUUGGUUAAAAUUCAAUUUAAUGCAGAAUAUAACAAAUACUUUAUAUUCGAGGGACAUUCAAAAAGUGUCUGCACUUUUUAACUCUAUUUACUAAGAAUUUCAAAAACAAAUGACAUCACUUUCCUACAUAGUUACUUUUGUUUGUGUUUCAAUUUUCCCAGCAUCUUACCAGCUUUUUAUUGCCCGAUUACUACUCCUCCCGCCUUCACCGUUUCCAAUGAAAAUAUAAAUGUGCAGAAACUUUUUGAACGUUCCUCAUAAAACAUACAAAGAGAAGUACCGUAACAUCGUUAUAUCCCCAGAGCAACUUUACAUAACAAAUUAUCAAUGGCAUGUCAAGGAAAUUUCCCAUGUUGCUCUACUUCAUGCUAUGAAUGGAAAACAUUUUCUUGGUUUGUAGUAUAAAAAUAAACUAUUCAUGGAAGAAUCGUUCUGCACAAAAGUAAUUAUUAAGUUUAGUCAAUGAUGUUUUGUCAUUAAGUUUCAUAUUGUUCCAUAAAAAGAUUAGUAUGCUUGUUGAAGAACUUCAUUGUUUGGACGCUUUGAAUUUAUUCCUUAUCUACUAAUGUGGCAACAUUUUUUCACUUGUUUGUUGAUACGUACGUUGAAUGAAGUACGUUAGCCACAGGAAUCCUUAAAUCCUAAAUGGAUGUAAACAUUAAGGCACAACUGCGUCUUGUAGAAUCUGUAGCAUAGUGUAACCAGAGUUACAGUCUUUGAUGAAACAUCUCAACCUGACAAAUCAUCCAGCCUGUUAUAUUCUAGCAGGCCACAGAUGUCAUUUGUAAUCAUUUCAUCUUCCCCUCAUUUAAUGAAAUUCAUCUUGAGAACUGUUUUUUCAUGAUAAUGAUGUAUUAAACAAGAAGAACAUGGAGCCUAUUAGCAGUCUGACUUUGUCCAUUCACCUGGUCAAUUUUCGAGUCAGCUGGCUUCCAGAAAAAUAAUUAUACAUACAUAACUUGAUUAUUUACACACAUUUCAGGUAACAUACAUAUUUUUAUAAUCAUUCAUCCUUGCUGCUACGUGUAAAACUGUGGGACAAUUAAGACCUCCUGGGACUGGCCUGCUACUCGUCCAAAAGAGUUGCUGCCCUCUUGGUUUCUUUCUAUGGGUUUCACUCACUUAAAGUUUCUACCAAAAUCUGUACAGGAUGUUCUGUUAAUUGUAAAUUUUGAUUUUCAUUCUAUACAAAAUAUUAUCCCAUGUACUCAGUUAGAUGUUGUGUCUUCUUUUUGUAUAAUUAAAAAAAAAUAAUGACCUUCUAUUAUUAUCUUAGUGUUUAAUAAAAUCAGAUGUUUGCUUCUUAAACUUGCAUGUAUUAUUAUUAUUUUAAUUAUUAUUUUGACAAUAUAUUGUAAUUAUGUUUGGUUUUUAAAAGAUACCCUGUUUUAGUGUUUUACAUUUAUGAUACAUUAUAAAAUGAAGAUUGAUAAGAAUGAACUUACUGUUAAUGCAAUAUUUCUUCUCACGCCUUUUAUAGUCUUAUCUCAAUGUAUGCUCUUAUUUUUUGCUGCAAAUCAUUUAACAGAUACUUAAUUAUUAUUUAGUUUUCAUGCAGUAUGUACAGUUUUAUCUAAUGUUUGACAAAGUUAUAUUUAGUCCUAUGUGUUGGAAUGUUCCCUACAUCUUUAUAUGAGUUUCUUCCAUGUAAUUAAAUUUUCUCUCAUUCAUUAAAGAUACGCUUUAUGGAGAGAUGACAACUUUCAAUUGUUUUUCUGCAAGUAUGUAUUGUAUUGUAUUUCUUCAAGUCUUGUCAAUAAUAAAAAACAAUAAUGAUUGAAUGUUUUAUAUUGUGAUAUUUCAUUAAUUUUGUGCAGGUUUAUAUAUUCUGUCCUUGUGCAUUUGUACAAAUUAUAUUGCUUUACCGCAUUUUUUCACAAUCAUAAAAAAAAAUGUAAGAAAAUAUUUAAUUAAAAAGUGGUCCUUGUCGUAUUGGUUUCAUGUUGAUAAAUAGUAAUUUUAUUCCUGUUCUGGCCUAAUUUUGUAUCAUGUGAUGUGUGCAUACUUAAAACUGGCAUGAGGCUAUCAAAUAAAUGUUUACUUUUAUAUUUUAGCAUAUUAGCUAACCUAAAUUUCAUCAAUGAUAAUAUAUUCAUAUAAUAAUUGUUUGUGCUUUAUUUGCUAUAUAAAGUAUUUCCUUCUAUGAUAAGCAUGUGAUUUCAAUAAGUUCAAUAACAUUAACUGACUGGCACCUAUUAGACUCACAUCAUUUUUAUCCGACAUUAGCUGGAAAAAGAUCUUAAUUUUACAAAUAAAAGUCAAAAAAGAUAUCUCUGGUUUGAUCAUCACAUGUAGUCUUCAUCUUUAACUUGAGGUACUUUUUAAGCAACUAAUUGCUUCUGUGUCCUCAAUCAACCUGCAUUCAACUCUUCAGUACAUUUCACAAUAAAAAUAUUUUUAUUCUAUGUGGUUUACUUUUUGGUCUGCACAAAUAGCCAAUCAGUUGCAACAUGUCUCCAAAUUUUCUAAAGUGAGUCAGAAUUACAUACAAAUCAUUACGCAGAUUAUCUCACAGAUAAUAGAUUUGGAUUUGCUGGCUGGAGAUGUCGGUUUAUUAGGCAGAAUUCAUUGUCUGGUUUGUGAAACACAUGAGGACUUUCAUAGUCUUGGGUCAUAAAACAUGAUGACUGCUUCAAAGCCAAGUCCUAUAUGGACACA